AUCACAAUGUGGAUGCAUACGAAUUAAGCAAAAAAUGAUAAAUAUUUUUAAAAAGAUAGUUGUCAAAGGUAUUUGCCCCAUUUUUAUAAAUUACAGAUAUGUGAGUUAUAAAAUGAAGUCUAAGCAUUAUAAUCCAAGGUUUCGCUUUUUGAGAGCCAAAAAAUUUGUGUAUACUGAUCUUGUAGACACUGAUUUAAUGUAUAAAAGAUCCAAAUUAACUCCAGAGGAGAUUCGGUCUCAAAUGAAAAAAGAAGGAGUUCUGCCAUAUAGACCAUAUAUUGAAAAGCCAAUUACUAUUAGUUGUACUUCUGGUGUUUUAGAGCCUUUUAUACCACCUGAAGGAGAUGGUGUUUCUUCUAAUAUAAAAGGGAAAGCUAUUGAACAAGCAAAAGGGGUGAUGUUAAAAGGAAGAUCAAUGUUGGAUGUUCAAAAAAUUAAAAAAAUUGAUCCUGAAUUUAGUAUAAAAUUGUUUCCUUCAUUAGCUCAUGAUAUUUAUAUUAGAGCUCAUCACGCUAUGAUGGCAGUUGAUGAAAAAGUAUUACACGAAUUGGUCACUGAGAAAGCAUAUGUCGAUAUGACUCAUGGACUGGAACAUUGCACAGUAGAUUGGAAAUUCUGCAAAUCUAUCGAACCUCCCAAGAUAGUUCACGCCCGAGUAUUUUCUCUCAAGCCCACAAAAUCAGGGCCACCUGACUUUGGACAGAUAACAGUUAGGCUCUACACUCGCCAACGAUUAGCUAUAUACGAUCGUUUUGGUAGGCUCAAAUAUGGGGCUUGUCCGACUCAUGUUCAAAACUCAGAGAUACCUCCUCGAGAUGUUUUAGAAUAUGUAGUAUUUGAAAACCAUUUAGCGGAUACUUACGGCAAAUGGAGACUGCAUGCAAAGACCGUUCCUGAUUGGUUACAAGGCGGAUCCAAUCAAAUCAUUAAAACAUUUGCUACCGAAUCUUUAAACGAACCGGAUCCUACAACAGAACCUGAUCUUGUUGAUCACAAAGAAGAAUUGAUACGGAAAAAUUAAACUGAAUUCUGCAACACAUAUGUUUUGGUUGAGAGAUGUUGAUAUUUUGUUUUAGAUAAAUUUUAUAUUUUGUAGGAUAGAAGGAUAGUCACUGUUGAUUAAGGAAUAUACUCAUUAAGAUUUGUAUAAUAUUUAUUUAUUUUAUUAAGCAUAAAAAAUUAAGUGCAAAUAAAUAUAUACUAUAUA